AUGCGAUCCUUCCUCCUCGUAGCCUGCUGGGCAGUGUUGAUCUCCGUUGUUUCCUGCGUCAAGGACUUUUCGCUAGGAUGGAGCAUGCUUGACCACGUCGCCCGUACCGACGUAUCGAGCACUCUGGCCGAACGAUUCCCGCACGUUGCACCCCACGAACGUGCGCACAUCGGUUUCGUCCCCGACCGACUCUCUGGUUUGAUUUCGGGAGCCGACACGACGGGCCGACUCAAAUUCGCCCUUCCCUCCCCCGGCAAUGCUCUACUCUUCACCACCCCUGUCGACACGGGUAAAGUUCGCGCCGUUGGUGUAGUCACCACCCCCAGCGGCACGCACAAGUACUUUCGAAGUACGCCGUUUGAGCCGGUUCCGUUGCCACGGCUCGUGCGCGGGGAGGAUAUCGUCGCCCCUCGUGCGGUGGACAAGAUGGCGUUUGGAAAGAGAUACGUUGCUCUCGACACCUGGCACCCCGAUAAAAAGGUCAUCCUCACCAAUACGGCAAAGGUACCCCUGACGACCGACUACAGGUACGUCGGUGUGUAUCCAACCGAAGUCCUGGCCGAAGUCCUCGACCCCGAGAGGGAAGCUAGGCUCGUGCAGUGGUCCAACACUCCGACAUGGGAUAAGGCCAAGCCACAACAGCUUGUAGUCGCGCAGAGAGGCUCGCCGAGAUGGAUGAGGAUCAAGUCGUUCGGAUCGUGGGGGUCGUUUGGGUCCAAGGGCUCGCGUUCGUCGAGAACAUCCACUCCAACCACUCCAACCACCGAGUAA